AUUCCUACCUUCCAUAUUACUCACUUUUCCAUACUACUACAUUUAUCUUUAAUUUUUCCUUCAUAUACAAAGAUUCCCUUCUUAAAAAAAAUAUAUAUUUAAUUAUUUUAUUACCAAAUAUAUUUCUCCUUCUUUAAUUGAUCAAUAUUAUUUUUUUUUUGAAAAAACUGAGAUUUCAAUACAAAUCAUAAAAAAGCGAAUGUUAUGGUUUCCAAUAUGAAGCUUGAAAAAAUGUUUUGUAUGAAAGGUGGCAAAGAUCAAACAAGCUAUGCUAAUAAUUGUCAAGCCCAGGCACAACAUGCAAAAUCAAUGUUGCACCUUUUAAAGGAGGCCCUAGACAGAGUACAACUAGGACCACCAAGCAUGCCCUUUGUAGUGGUGGACCUUGGUUGUUCCUGCGGCUCCAACACCAUCUACAUCGUCGACGUUAUUGUCAAUCACAUGGAAAAGCGUUAUGAGGCAUCGGGAUACGAGCCACCCGAGUUCUCCGCCUUUUUUUCCGAUCUCCCUUCCAAUGACUUCAACACACUUUUCCAACUCCUCCCUAACUACUACACCUACGACGGUCAAGGUGGUGGCACUAUGGAGGAAUGUUUGGCGGCCAAUAAACACCGUUCGUAUUUUGCUGCCGGUGUUCCCGGAACUUUUUACCGGAGACUUUUUCCGGCUAAGUCUAUUGAUGUUUUCCACUCGGCUUUUUCCUUGCAUUGGCUUUCUCAGGUUCCAGAGAGUGUAUUGGAUAAGAGGUCAAAAUCAUACAACAAAGGAAGAAUAUUUAUUCAUGGAGCCAAUGAAAGCAUAGCCAAUGCUUAUAAAAAGCAAUUCCAAACAGAUUUGGCUGGAUUCUUAAGGGCAAGGGCUAUUGAAAUGAAGGAAGGUGGGUCCAUGUUCCUUGUUUGCUUAGGAAGAACGUCUGUGGACCCUACUGAUCAAGGUGGUGCUGGCCUCUUAUUUGGGACCCACUUUCAAGAUGCUUGGAAUGACCUUGUCAAUGAGGGCUUCAUAACGAGUGAAAAACGUGACACCUUCAACAUUCCGGUGUAUGCAUCAAGCCUACAAGACUUCAAGGAAGUAGUAGAAACCGAUGGCUCAUUUGUCAUAAACAAACUUGAAGUAUUUAGAGGAGGAAGUCCCUUGGUGGUUAGCCACCCCGAUGAUGAGGCUGAGAUCGGUCGAGCCUUCGCAAAUAGCUGCCGGAGCGUAUGUGGGGUCCUCGUUGACGCCCACAUAGGCGACCUGCUUAGCGUCGAGCUGUUUCAAAGGGUGGAAAGCCGAGCCACAAGCCAUGCAAAUGAGCUCAUUGAACAACUUCAAUUUUUCCACAUUGUUGCCUCACUUACUUUGCUUAUUGAAUAAUUUUGUGCAUCAUUUGACGUACCUUUUUAUUCUCCUUUUUUAAUAUUUUUAUUUUGUAUGAACGUUUAUUAAUAUUAUUGUUAAUCUAGGUAGAGUUUUUUAGGUUCAAAAAAAAAAAAAAAAGAAUCAAUGAGACAGCAAGCUAAGCAUAAGUUUAAGUUAGUUUUGCAUGCUCAAUUGUACUAUUGAAGCAUUUGUUUGAAAUUUUAUUGACUAUCACUUAAUUG